GGGCCGGCCCUGGCCGCCGGGGCCUGCAGCCCUCGCGCGGGGGGACGCGGGCCGGGGCCGGCGCCCGAAGUGAAAGAGAAAGUGGCCGCGGCCGCCCCGCCCCGCGGCCAAUCGCGCCCGGCCCCUCCUCCGCCCCGGGUCUCCCCGGGAGGGGCCGCGCCAGUCGCCUGAGCACCUCGGAGCGGCCGCGCGCGCGGAGGAGCAGCGUCGCCGGGAGAGGAGCAGCGUCCCCCAGCACCCUCCUACCUGGCCGCGCGCGCCCAUGGCUGACAAGCAGAUCAGCCUGCCCGCCAAGCUCAUCAAUGGCGGCAUCGCGGGGCUGAUCGGGGUCACCUGCGUGUUCCCCAUCGACCUGGCCAAGACGAGGCUACAGAACCAGCAGAAUGGACAGCGCAUGUACACCAGCAUGUCUGACUGCCUGGUCAAGACCAUCCGCUCCGAGGGCUACUUCGGGAUGUACCGGGGAGCUGCCGUGAACCUGACCCUCGUCACCCCCGAGAAGGCCAUCAAGCUGGCAGCCAACGACUUCUUCCGCCACCAGUUCUCCAAGGACGGGCAGAAGCUGACCCUGUUCAAGGAGAUGCUGGCGGGCUGCGGGGCGGGCACCUGCCAGGUGAUCGUCACCACCCCCAUGGAGAUGCUCAAGAUCCAGCUGCAGGACGCGGGCCGCAUUGCUGCCCAGAGGAAGAUGCUGGCGGCGCAGGGGGGCGCGCAGCCGUCGGUGGAGGCUCCGGCGCCGCGGCCCACGGCCACGCAGCUGACACGGGAGCUGCUGCAGCGCCACGGCAUUGCGGGCCUUUACAAGGGCCUGGGGGCCACACUGCUCAGGGACGUGCCCUUCUCCAUCGUCUACUUCCCCCUCUUUGCCAACCUGAACCAGCUGGGCCAGCCGGCGAGCGGGGAGAAGUCGCCUUUCUACGUGUCCUUCCUGGCCGGCUGCGCGGCGGGGAGCGCGGCCGCCGUGGCCGUAAACCCCUGUGACGUGGUCAAGACGAGGCUCCAGUCCCUGCAGCGCGGGGUCAACGAGGACACGUACUCCGGCUUCCUGGACUGUGCCAGGAAGAUCUGGCAGCGUGAGGGUCCGUCGGCCUUCCUGAAGGGCGCCUACUGCCGGGCCCUGGUCAUCGCGCCCCUCUUCGGCAUCGCGCAGGUGGUCUACUUCCUGGGCAUCGCGGAGACCCUCCUGGGGCUGGUGCAGGAUCCCCAGCCCUGAGACCCCUGCCGCUGCCCACACAGCCGCACCGGACCAGGGCGGCCGGCGGGGGCGGCUGCGGAGGUCUUCUCAACCCCACCCUGAGGACGGGGAGGGGGAGCUGAGGAAGGGAAGGGGUGCGGGGUGCGGGUAGUGGGGUCCGCCCGCACCCCCAUGGGAUCAGCGUGUUAUUUAUGUAGAAAAAUCCGAAAUCUUACAUUCCUGGAGCACCCCUCAGCUCUGCCGGGCCUGAGCACCCCAGGAUGGAGCUGGUCUCUGGGCUGGGACCCAGGCCCGGGCCAGACCCUCCCCGACACUACCAGCUCCUGACCCGACUGGCCCGGCCGCGGGGGCCCACACUCCGACAGGCCAGCCCCUUGUCCUCUGCCCUCCAUGGCCGCCCUGCCCUGCUCCUCUCCCCUCCCCCAAGCCAGCCUUGCCCAGGGUAGGACUUGCCCGCCCUGUGAUGAGCCAAGAACCCCAGGCGGGCCUACUGACUCUGGCCCGCGGGCAUGGGGGUGAGUGCACACGUGUGGGCACGUACAUGUGUGUGUGGCGCCGGCUGUAAAUGUACACAUGUGACGGUGCAUCUGAGGGGGUGUGAGAGUGCAUGUGUGUGCCUGUGUGUGUGAAGUUGCGUGUGGGCUGCACGCCUGUGUGUGUGAGGGUGCAUGUGGGCUGAACUGUAUGUGUGAAGGUGUGUGUGGGUUAGUGUGUGUGUGUGUGUGUGUGUGUGUGAGGGUGUUUGGAUGUUUGUGUGUGUGUGUAUGAAGGUGUGUGUGGACUGGUGUGUGUGUGUGGAUGCAUGUGAGCUGGUGUGUGUGAGAAUGUGUGUGGGCUGGUGUGUGUGGGUGAGGGUGUGUGUGAGCUGGUGUGUGUGUGUGUGUGUGAGGAUGCAUGUGGGCUUGUAUGUGUGAGGGUGUGUGUGGGCUGGUUUGUGUGUGUGUGUGUGAGGGUGUGUGUGAGCUGGUGUGUGUGAGGAUGCAUGUGGGCUUGUAUGUGUGAGGGUGUGUGGGGGCUGGUUUGUGUGUGUGUGUGUGUGUGUGUGUGAGGGUGUGUGUGGGCUGGUGUGUGUGUGAGUGUGUGUGGGCUGGUGUGUGUGUGUGAGGGUGUGUGGGCUGGUGUGUGUGAGGGUGUGUGGGCUCGUGUGUGUGAGGGUGUGUGGGCUCGUGUGUGUGUGAGGGUGUGUGGGCUGGUGUGUAUGUGAGGGUGCGUGUGGGCUGCUAUGUGUGUGUGAGAGUGUGUGUGGAUGCCUGCGUGUGUGCGAGUGUGCGUGUGGGCUGCGUGUGUGGACCGAGCACCCUGCCUGCUGGGCCGUGUCUUCACACCUGCAUCCGAGGCUUCGGGCCAGCCUCACAGAGAAUGAAGCUCUCGGAGCCCCUUCCGCCGACCCUCUGUCCCCAGUCCCGCAGCCCGGGGAGGCGGGGCGCGAGGCCCGCGCGGUGCCUGCCCUGGAGAGCAGAGGCCCCCUUCCCGACCCCCCUUUGUGAAUUGGUGGGCGCGCCCGCCCUGCCCCUGUGAUCGUGUUGGUGAUGGACUGCCAUGCUGGUGCUGUGUCCCCCUCCCAGCAACACUACCUGAGGCCGCGCCCGGGCCUCCCGCCCCUCACGGUUCCCGGGAGCUGCCGCCUCCCGUCUCCUCGUACCUUGGAAGCUGCUGCUGCUGCUUACAGAAUUCUAUUUUUUUUCUUUGGAAGAGUUUUAAGAAGUUGUAAGUUUUUGUGUCUUGUCCUGUACGGAGAUAAAUAAAUAUUCUAAGUAGA